UUUUGACAGGCGGGACGGGACGGGAGAUAGCAUUCUUCAGAAAUCGAAUUUUGUGUUCGAUUUUAAGAUAUGUUUAGAUUUAUUUGUUGGACUUAGUAUUAUUUAGUGUCUUACUGAGCUGAGCUGGAAUAAAUUAAACAAACUCCAACAUGGCUUUACGAACGUACGGCGAUAAGCCGAUAAGUUUCCAGAUUGAAGAAGGAGGAGAAUUUUAUUGUGUUGGCUCAGAGGUCGGCAAUUACCUGCGGUUGUUCCGUGGGUCUCUAUAUAAAAAGUACCCUGGCAUGGUCAGGAGGACCCUGACCAAUGAAGAAAGGAAGCGUCUGGUAGACAAUGGGCUGGGCCAGCAUGUUCUAUCAAGUUCUGUGUCUCUGCUGAAAGCAUCAGAAGUAGAAGAUAUUAUAGAAGGGAAUGAUGAUAAAUACAAAGCAGUAUCAGUCAGUCAGGAGCUAGCGACGCCUCGGGAGAGUAAGAGUAAGAAGCCACAUAAUCCGUCAUGGAUGCCUGUAAUGCCAAACUCCUCACACUUGGAUGCAGUGCCUCAGGCCACUCAGAUUAGCAGGACCAGGGUUCACAACAAGAAGGUGCGCACCUUCCCUCUAUGUUUUGACGACACAGACAUGACGGCGAUGUUGGAGAACGCCUCGCAGAAGCAGAUCCUCGUGCCCAUCCGCCUCGACAUGGAGAUUGAAGGCCAGAAGCUCCGGGACACUUUCACUUGGAACAAGAACGAAUCAAUCAUAACCCCAGAGCAAUUCGCGGAAGUCCUCUGCGACGAUCUCGAACUGAACCCGAGCACAUUCGUGCCCGCCGUCGCGUCGUCAAUCCGACAGCAGAUCGACGCGUUCCCGAGCGAGCCCCCAGCCAUAUUGGAGGAGCAGAGCGACCAGCGGGUUGUAAUUAAGCUGAACAUACACGUUGGGAACACUUCGCUUGUUGAUCAGGUGGAGUGGGACAUGUCAGAGAAGGAGAACAACCCGGAAGCAUUUGCGACCAAGCUCUGCGCUGAACUAGGCCUGGGCGGGGAGUUUGUGACAGGCAUCGCUUACUCGGUCCGCGGUCAGCUUGGCUGGCAUCAGCGGACCUUCGCCUUCAGCGAGGCACCUCUCCCUGUUGUUGAGACGCCGUACCGCCAGCCCUCGGAGGCGGAGGCCUGGGCCCCGUUCCUGGAGACCCUCACGGACGCAGAGAUGGAGAAGAAGAUCCGCGACCAGGACCGCAACACGCGCCGCAUGCGCCGCCUCGCCAACACCACGCCUGAUGUGUCAUUGGGGCGCGCCGUGAACCGCCUGAUCCGCGCCGACGAAGCCCUCUUCCAGUCCACGCCGGAAAAGAGGAGGAAAAAGAUUUAAUCGCCCAGUGCCGAGCUCGGGCGAAUGGUGACAAGCUAGUCAAGACCUCGCCAAUAUGGGAAUAUUACGCAAAACUGCGUAGGGGGCGCCACUAGUACAAAUAGAGGGCCUACCGCGAAACACGGAAAUCGUAAUUUCGUUAUCUGCCUCGCUAUCACUCUUGCGUAUUCGAGCGGUAGAGUGGCAGAUAGAUUUUGAUUUUCUGUUUCCCGGCAGGCCCUCUGUAAACAAACCACCUUGAUGCAUCAAAGUCAUAGUGAAAACUUGUCAAAAAGCUGUUUAAGGCAUAGUAUGUAUAAGUUGGUUUACUAUAUAUAUGGCUUAUAUGUGCUAGUGCUGCUCUCUGGCGGAGAUCAUUGCAGUUAUAUCCCCUAUUACACUGUUUGGCAUACUUGUCACGCCACUCGUUCGUAAAAUUGAUUUAAACCCUCAACUCACGAGGGUUUUAAACUGGGAAAAUGCUUUUAAUAUUCUUUAGGAUAUAAUUAAGUGUCUGAGACACUGAAAUUAUAAAAGCCGGUCAAAUUGUACCGCUUUUUUGUUUGGUAUACCUGCCAAUUUAGGUAUACCUAGUUUUUUAGCAAACUAGGUAUACCUAAAUUGGCAGGUUUGCCAACACCAAUGCCAUUGACGUUGGCAAACUCAUACCAUAAUGCCGCUCGUAAGAAUACCAUAAAAGUGUAGCAGUUAAGAGAGAGACCAAUGAAACGAAUGAUAAAUGAAUGGAACUACACAUGCAUGCAAGUAAAAUGUACCUAUACAAGUAUACAGUGGAUUCUAAAUAAAAAUCUAAGUUUAAAAAGUCGCUGGAGCAUUCCAUGAAGUUGUCUACCGUUGUCCCGUACAAACGCGAAUUUUCUGAAGACUUGUAGGUACAGGAAAACUAAAGAGAAAAAUAAAGUACUAAUAGGUACACGAAAUAAAAUGCCUUCUUAGGGCCACUAACCCAGGGUUAAACUGUUAAACUUUGAACCCAGUAUUAAUUGGACUGUUAACCAUGGUAAGUCCAGGUUUAACCGUUUAACCCCGGGUUAGUGGGAUGGUGCAAAUGGCGCUUACGGGACAGGCCGUUGUUUGCUUCCGCUGACGGUUUGGUGUUACGAAUUUGUUUCCUAAAAUACGAUACGUAUGCAGUGUUUGUCCAACCCAUACAAUGAGAAGUGAAUGUGUAUAUCGUACUGGGGGCCGAUUUUUGAAUUAAGACCGCUCGAUUACGUGUAUUUCGUUCAAUAAUACCUCCACUACAUUUAAAUUCUACUAAUAGAAUACAAAUACAAAUUUCUAUCGCCUGUAUUUUAAAAAUGAGCAUAACGCCGUUUUCCACCGAUUUUUGAGUGACGAAAUAGAGCGAUCGAAAUUCAAAAACCGGGCAAGUGCGAGUCGGACUCGCGCACGAAGGGUUCCGUACCAUGAAGCAAAAAAAAAAACGGAAAAAAUGCAAAAAGAAAACGGCCACCCAUCCAAGUACUGACCACGCCCGACGUUGCUUAACUUUGGUCAAAAAUCACGUUUGCUGUAUGGGAGCCCCACUUAAAUCUUUAUUUUAUUCUGUUUUUAGUAUUUGUUGUUAUAGCGGCAACAGAAAUACAUCAUCUGUGAAAAUUUUAACUGUCUAGCUAUCACGGUUCGUGAGAUACAGCCUGGUGACAGACAGACGGACGGUUGCUCGUAAAAGUUGCUCAGGGGGUCGAUUUUUAGGGUCCCGUUUUACCCUUUGGGUACGGAACCCUAAAAAUCGACCCCCUGAGCAACUUUUACUAUGACACCAAUCCCCAUUUCUCUGCUGUACGGAGACGUCCAAGGAUCUCAAUAACGAACGGAUUUAACCAAGAAUUCCGUAACCUUUGGAGGGUUAAAAGGGAAAGGUAGUUUUCCUCGCGCGACAUGUAUUGCAGGCUCGCUUGUGCUAGCCUCACGCAUUUAAAUAUAGCUGUAUCGUAAUAAAUAAACGAGUGUAACCAUACUACAUAGAACUUUAUUUUUACUUUGUCAUUGUGUUUCCAUAGUUAAUAUUCCAUUUAUUGUAAUCUAUUAGCGUUUAAGAAUUCAUGUCGUAUAAUAAAAUGAAUAUAAUACUGAA